GACACAAAUAUAUAAAGGAACAUACAGACAUCAAUUAGACAUGCUCAUAAUGCAAAUCACUUGGGAAUUGUUUGAAACUUACCGAGUAUAUGUGAUUAAGGAGUCUGUUUGUCUGUGUAUGCCUGUCUACUCACAUGCUUGUCUUCUUGCAUGUUAUUUACUAGAUGUAUGUUUCUGUAGAAAUCUUCGUCAGGGUCUUGCUUGUGGGCAUUGCAUUACAAAAUUGGUAGAGCAAGGAACUAUUUGGAGAACGCAAUUUCUUAUAGUGGAAACUAUAAUGAUUACAUAAGAGCUAUGGCUGCAUACGCACUUUCUUUGGCUGGAAGUCCAAGAGCAGACUUGGUUGUCAAACGUCUUCAAGAGAGUGCUAUCAGAACAGAUAAUCAUUGUCAUUGGAUUUGCAACUCUGAGCAAUGCAGGAGACGCAACACUUGUUCUACUUCUGCAGGAACAGUGGAGACCACAUCAUAUGCUUUGCUUACAUAUACUCAUAUGAAUCGUGUUGGUGAUUCCGUCUGCAUUGUCAGGUGGCUAGUGGGACAGAUGGAUGGGAAAGGAGGUUACAGAUCUACACAGGAUACUGUACUUGCUCUCAUGGCUCUUGCGCAGAGUGGAUCUGGAUCUGUAGGGAAAUUCCACAUUUAUAUCACAAGCCUCUCUAUUUCAAACAGGACUUCUAUCACACUGACUCAUCCCUCAGAUCCUAUAGCAACACAGAAAGUCGAGAUAGAGGUUCCGAAUGCAUUAUAUGUUAAAAACACAGGCAAUGGAGCAGCAAUAAUACAAGCCAAUGUGAGCUACCAUGUUCACAAACUAAAGGCAGACAUGUCGUAUGAUUUGACUGUAACAGCUCGUCGCCAACUGUCUGGACAAACUACAUUUUUAGCAUUACUAACUUCUACGUUUGCUAAUGACAUACCAACACAGUCUUCUCCAAUGUGGGUUAAUUCUGACUUUAUUACUCCAUCAUUGCCACCUUUUGAUUGGUGGAUCACAGCGCCCCAGACAACUGUGGAGUCAACUUCCGAAAUUACAGAAGCAGUGAAUUCUUCGCCAACAGAACCAAGUCUAGUCGAUAAUAGUACUGACAGUUUAUCAGAUUCUUUUGAAAAUUCCUCUCAGGCAAUCAACAUGACAUACAAUGAGGGCACCUUAGUUGUAGAACUAUGCGUUAGGUGGCAUCCCACUUAUGCAGACUCAGGAAUGGCUCUUGUUGAGCUAAAACUGCCAUCAGGAUAUGCCACUGAGCAUUAUGUAAUGCAGAAGCUUGCUGACUUGAACUACAAUGGCAUACGUCGGUUUGAAGUCGAAGGAGGAAAGGCUAUUUUCUACUUUGAUAAAUUUGAGUCAAACAUCGACACUUGUUUCGACGUGUUAUUGAUCCAAACUCACUGUGUUGUUGGAGCAAAACCCAGCUAUGCUCGUGUGUACUCGUAUUAUGAACCUGAAAUAUCAACAACAGUGUUGUACCAAGUACCCUCGACAGAAUUAAGCAAUUUUUCUGAAUGUGCUCAUUCAAACAAUGUUCAGCCCUUUGAACGAGAUGAGCAGAUCCAGAUUGAUAGAGAUGUCUCAAACAAUCUCACUAAAUGAUGAUUGUUACAAAGAGAUUGACUUGUGACGAAGAUCUAUCAAAACGCAUUGAUUGAUCUGAGGUUGAAAUGGCAGGAUUUUGAUGUUUUGCUAAAUUGCUGAAAUUGUGAUUUGGUCACAAUGCUUGUGCACUGUAGCUCAUUCGUACAACUUUAUAGUAGGACUUUUGGCAAUGAUAUACUUCAGUGUAGUAGAGUUCGUGAUUGUCAAUGUUGUUAGUCACACAUUGAACUA